UUUUCUUGACCGGGCUAUAUAGCUAGUUGUCAAUCAUACCGAUAGCUGUUGUCAUACGAGUGCGAUAGCUCUAGAGAACAUUAUCCACCCUGCACUAUCACAAUAACACUACCUAGAGCCUCAAUCGUCCUUCCACCAUGAAGUUCCAUUUCAGUCGGUUCAUCCUUUCUCUGGCCAUUCUGGGCGUCCGAGGAGUGCAAGCAGACGGAGAUGACAAGAAGAAUGUUUGUUUGGAAUCCUUGACCGGAAUCACUGGCGGCACUACAACAUGCACUCCCCUGGGAGUGGCACCCAUGAUUGAGGGAGCCUCCUUUUUUCCCGAAGCCAUUGUCAAGGAUCAAGGAAGUAAGGAUAUUUUUGGAUGUUGCAACAGGAACAGUGACGAAGAAGAGUCAGCCUUGACACCCACACAAAUUGGCAAAAUGCCACAAUUCUCGACCGAAACAUCGAUGCAAGUCUUGGCGGCGGCCAAAAAGGCGUGGGCCAAUGGACGUGGAGUAUGGCCACAAAUGUCACUGCAGGAACGAAUUGAAGCUAUUGAAGCAUUCUUGUCGGCAUUGCAGGACCAACGAAGUUCCAUUAUCAACUUGCUCAUGUGGGAAAUCGGAAAGAACUAUGGAGAUGCCGAGGCAGAGUUUGAUCGAACUGUUGCCUUUGCCAGAAAGGUUAUCGAAAGCAUCCAAACAGACCCAGAAUUUGCAGGUGUUUGGCAGACAAUCGGGAGCACCAAGGCGCUGGUGAGGCGUACUGCCAUUGGAAUCAUUCUCGCAUUGGGACCCUACAACUAUCCACUGAAUGAGACCUACGCCACAAUCAUCCCAGCAUUACUCAUGGGGAACAUUGUAGUUCUCAAAAUUCCAACCGUUGGAGGUCUCGUUCAUUUCCUGACGAGUAAGUCCAAUCUAUUUCGAUCCUUUCGUAGCGAAGACAACCACUGUGGUGCUCACAGCUACUGUAUUGUAUGAAUGAAUUGGUACCUGGUACUAUGGCACCGUAUAGUGGAAGCAUUCAAGUGCUGCCUGAGGGACCGUCCUUUCAUUUCG